GUGCGGGCGCGUCACGUGGAUAAGUCAGGUGACGCUGCGGGGCGGGCGGACAGACUGCGGGGCGGACGGUGGACGCAGGGACGCGGGUUUAGCUGUGGCCCCACGGACCCGAGCCCCGCCGUCGUUGCCGCCAUGACGGGGCUAGCGCUGCUCUACUCCGGGGUCUUCGUGGCCUUUUGGGCCUGCAUGCUCGUCGUGGGAAUCUGCUACACCAUUUUUGACUUGGGUUUCCGCUUUGAUGUGGCAUGGUUCCUGACUGAGACUUCCCCCUUCAUGUGGUCAAACUUGGGCAUUGGUCUGGCUAUCUCCCUGUCUGUGGUUGGGGCAGCAUGGGGCAUCUAUAUUACUGGCUCUUCUAUCAUUGGGGGAGGGGUGAAGGCUCCCAGGAUCAAGACCAAGAACCUGGUCAGCAUCAUCUUCUGUGAGGCUGUGGCCAUCUAUGGCAUCAUCAUGGCAAUUGUGAUUAGCAACAUGGCUGAGCCUUUCAGUGCCACUGACCCCCAGGCCAUUGGACAUCGAAACUACCAUGCAGGCUACUCCAUGUUUGGGGCAGGCCUCACAGUGGGCCUGUCUAAUCUCUUCUGUGGAGUCUGCGUGGGCAUCGUGGGCAGUGGAGCUGCCCUGGCUGAUGCACAGAACCCCAGCCUCUUUGUAAAGAUUCUCAUCGUGGAGAUCUUUGGCAGUGCCAUUGGCCUCUUUGGGGUCAUUGUUGCAAUCCUUCAGACCUCGAGAGUGAAGAUGGGUGACUAGAUGAUCUGUAUGGGUGGGGCUGUGUCCCACUCUUAUUUAUUUGUGGUUUUCCUGGGACAGCUGGAGCUGUCAUCCUUGGCCUUUCAGGGGGCUUGUGUUCAAGAGCCCUCCCUGCACUCACUUGUUUGUCAACUCGGAAGCACUGCCUGGCUGGAGCCUCAGUGUGGGAAGUGGGUCACUGAUGACCGUGUGCAGCUGUGCACCUGUGUCCCACCUCCACCCCUAACCCAUUUUCCCAGUGUUUGUGAAAUAAACGUGGUAUUUGUCUGGGUCA